GGUGGCUGUACGGUAUUUUAUCCUCCUUUUCGUGCGCUGUAAUAUGAUAAACAAUCGCUGCAGCAGUCGUGAAUAUAAACUAAUAGUUUAUGUAUGAUUCAGUCUAAUGCUGUCUGAGAUGACUUCGUUCAGUGGGGACGACGCUAUUCACACUACAGCAAUGCUUCGCCAAGAGGGAGUUUCCGUCAAGCCUGUGACUGAAUUUACUCGCAAACAUAAUACAUAUUUUGAAUUAUUUGCAAGAUUUAGUGAAUCAACAACAUGUCAUGGUCUACCCCGUAUUAUUGGAGCAAAGUCAAUGUUUGGUAAGGUCAUAUGGUCGGCGGUGUGCAUAACCGCCUUGACUGUCUUCGUGUGGCAGGCUUCGGACCUCAUCAAACUGUUCCUUGCAUACGACGUGAGGGUGAAAAUCGAAGUUGGAACGGCACUGAGUUUACCCUUCCCAGCAGUUACGCUGUGCAACACCAACAAGUUGCGAUUAACGGCGAUUGAAAGAAGCGAACACAAUAUGUUAGCCAGAACGGACCCUCAGCAUCCAGACACGAUCCAUCGUUUGCUGUCCUACGAAUCUUCAUGCGGAGAAGGAGAAUUCAACUGCGGUCAAGCCGGUCUCUAUGGCAAUUGCAUUCACAACAGUAAGCGAUGUGACGGAGUACAUCACUGUCUUGGUGGAGAAGAUGAACAAGACUGCAUUUCUUGUACCGCUGGAUUAAAGUGUGACUUCGGGAUUAAUAAUUCGAAUGGAAAGUGCAUACCACGUUCUAGUGUUUGCGACCAUUACCCAGACUGCCAGGACGGGGGAGAUGAACAAUACUGUGACUAUG